UUGUCUCAUCACAGAGCAGAGCUUAACACACACUAGUAGCAUCACAUCAGGGGAAGACAGACAGACAGACAGACAGAGGAAACCUUUCCAGAGCAUCACAAACAGACAGAAUCUACACUUCACACCUUCCUCUUCUGUUCUCUGGAAGACAUCUUCACUCAUUGUUAGUUCAGACACCUCCGUACAGCGCAGGUUAUCAGUGACCCAUCAUGGUGUCUACAGUGGACAGUACCAAGAUCCUCUUCUCUGUUCUGUUCCUCUACAUCUUCUGCCAGGUGACUCGGGGUCAGAUGGUAAUGGACUGCUGUCUGGAGGUCAGUCAAAAAGAGAUCCCACCACGCAUCGUCACGGGUUACCAGCCUCAGGUCAGGGGUCAAGGCUGCUCCAUUGACGCCAUGGUCUUCAAUACCAGAAAGGGACGCAACCUGUGUGCCCCUACUGGCCCUGCCUGGGUUACUGACCUGAUGAAACACGUGGACAAGCUGACCAAGAUGUGCCACCAAACCAACUUCAAGGAUAGACACUGUAAGAAGCUUAAGCCCAAGCGUUCCUAAAGCACCUAUCGGACCCCCUAUCGGACCCCCUCCCGCCACCCUCACCACCAACUCCACCCUGCUUCUCCUGGUCCAUAGAACAGUGACAGAGCCUGAGAAGAACCUUCCACGUGGGGGGAAGAACAGGGGUGGGAGAAGUAAAAAAAGAAAAUACAAAAAUGUGAUUCCUCCUACAGCCACUGCUGCACUUUUUCAGUUUCCUUCCAUCUUCAGUCUUUAUCCAGCAGACCAUGUCGUUUCUCAGUGGCACUUUCAUGUCCUAGAUCUUUUUUUUUUUUAUGUGACAAAACAA